AGUGGUUGAGUUUUAAUGACUCCAACCUAAGUGUAUGUAAACUUCCGACUUCAACUGUAGCUAAUCUAUCGAUUAGCUCUUUGUCUUUUGCGGAUCUGAAGAAUCUUGAUAACUAUAUCAGACUAGUGGUGGAGCUUCCAUCAUAUUGCUUCCACCUUCCAGAUGCACUAACAUCAGAGGGUUAGGGUCAGAGGGAAGUGGUAGGGAGUGAAUUGGGACUGACUAUCUAUUCACAUAGAUCUGAGGUGGCCAGUAGCUUGUACUCAGUCACCAUCUGCUGCUAAAUACUUUUGCUUUUGGCCACAAAGCAUUUGCAUAAUGCACUGAUUUAAAAAAUAAUGACCAACUCACUUGGCAGAUUUCUAAGUAGGAUCUAUCUUUUGAUCUCUUAGGCUUUAAUACUCCCUCGCAUGGUGCCUUUCUCUUGACAUGUCUUAUUUACAGUCUGUCAUUAUUUGAGCAGGUGUACCACUUUUCUUGGCAUUUUCUGACACCACCCACCAUUGGUUGCACAUUUUAUCUCACUUUUAUCCUGUAACCUAAUGUCUUUCUUUUCUCGAGCACACAGUGUUGCUGUGGUACUUGGGCCUGGGAAGCUGCCAACCUAGUGUGACUUGGCAUAGAGCUUCUGUUGCAGCCAGAAGUUAGGACUACUCCAAACAAACAAAGCAUGAUCCUACUCGUGCUGUUGUAUUUAUAGAACAGAGGGUUUCAUCUUAUUUGUUUUCAUAAAUGAUACCCAUUUACCGGGUUAGUGAAACUGCCCUAGAAAUACCAUACAUCAAAUGUUUUUUGCACUUAUUUUAAAACGUGUUUUUCUUCUUGUACAAAAAAUAAACACUUUUUGAAAUUCACACAUAGUUUAGAGAAGGAUGUUAUAGACGUCACCCAGUCGUAACACCUAGCAUGAUGAACGCUGGGGUUGGAGAAGCCUUGUCUUCCCCUUCUGCUGCUCUCUGCCGGGGCUUUGCCCCUCUGAAGGUGGCUGAGGUGGGAGGUGGUUUCAGAGGAAAGGAGCAGUGCUGCUAGAACUUUCCUGAAAUUACCCUGAGUGUGCCUGGAGCAGUCCCCGUCCCCCCAACCCCCUCUCCCUAUCUGACAGGAAUGCCCCCCACACCACACACACAGCUCUCAUCUUCCCACCCAGUGCCGCUGUGCCAUUUGUCUACUGACUGGGAGGUCCUAUACUGCCACUACUUCUUCACGUCUAGGGGGAAAAUAUAACAGCUACCUCCCCUUCUGUGUUUUCUUAUAUUCUCGUUCACUUCUUAUGCCAUGAUUCCGUCAUGUCUGGCUCCGGUUAUACUUCAAUUAUGUGCUUUGCUAUUCCAACACACAGAUCAGUUAAGCAGUCACUGACUUUAUUAUAACAGUGGAGGAAUGUCCAAGUCAUUAUCAGCUGCUUGUUUGUCUCAGGUUGAGAUAGAUAAUAUAUGCCAUAUAGCAGAGGCUUUUAUCCAAAGCAACUAACAGUAGUGUGUGCAUACACUUUCGUAUGGGGGGGUCCCAGCGGGACUCAAACCCAUGAUCCUGACGUUGCAUGCGACGUUCUCUACCAACUACCAGAUUUCCCAUACAAGGCAGUGAAUGAAUGACAAGUAUCUCUGGAGACCAGAUAGAUGUGUUGUUCUAAAGUACCGUUUCCCAAAUGAGUGUGACGAAAGCGCUUGUGAGGGCAAACAAAACGGGGGUUGGAGGGGGCUGUAGAUCUAGUUUGUUUAUCUGAGUUGUCCAAGAGUUCCUCCUUAUUUCCCGGGAGUAAAAGCCUUAAAGCUGGUUCUCCUCUGCGGGCUGUCUGCUUGGGAUGUGUAUGUGUGUGUGAAAAGCUGAGAAGGAGUGCGAGAAGAGCCAAGAGGAUGUCAGGGAAGGGAGAGCUGAUGAAUGGGGAGACAGGUCUGUGGCUUUGCUGUCCUCGGCUGGAGCUUCUCUUUAUGGCCUUGGGGCCGCAGCCAGAUCUCUCGUUUGGUUGCCAACAGCAACAAAGUCGUGGAUGUGAAGAUCUUCCGGGCGCUCAUCCUUGGGGAGCUGGAAAGGGGUCAGAGCCAAUACCAGGCCCUGUGCUUCAUCUCGCGCCUCAACCACAACGAGUUCAUCCCCAGCGAGUCCAUGGCCCGACUCAGACAGAAAAACCCUCACGCCAUCCGCGCAGCGGAGGAGAGGCGGGGCCUGGACCAGUUGACCAUGAACGUGGCGGUGAACCUGAGCCGGGCGUGGCAGCUCAGCAGCCACAUCCACAACAUGUGCAGUGAGGCCCGGGACGCCAUCUACACCCGGGAGAGGGAUGUCAAACAUUGGCUGGAGAGAGGAGUGGAGGGCUCCAUGUUUGAGAUCCUGCCCCAGUCGGUGGACGUGGUCCCGGUCCUGCUGUCGUGCCGCUCUACGAGAGACCUGUGGCAGGCCUGCUCCUGCAGCUACAGCCUGCGUCUGGAGUGGUACCCCUGCCUGCUCAAGUACUGCCGCAACCGCGACACCACGGGCAAAGGCAGCCCCUACAAGUGUGGCAUCAAAAGCUGCAGCAAAGGCUACCACUUCACCUACUAUGUCCCCCACAAACAGCUCUGUCUCUGGGAUGAGGAGACUUAGCAGCACACCACCCAGUUCAUCCCAAAGCCAUUGGGCUGCAUCCUGUAGUGAGAUGAUAGUAGUUUGAUGCCUUACUUGGGACAGUUUAGGUUGAAAUUGAGACCAAAACCUUUUUUUGCAACAGGAGCUAUACCCUCUCAAUGACUCCUUUGACAUGUCCAUAGGGGACAUUUCCUAUAGUUGGGAUAUGAUGCCUCCGACGUGUCCAGGUACCUGCUGUGUGACAUUAAAUUACUCUCGCACAUUUGUGCCAAUGUUUGGAAAACGUCUCAAUAUGGCCCAGCUAAUAGAAAAUGACUUCAAGAACCUGCUCUCAUAAGGACACGUUUAUGCAUACGGCUGGACAGUUCAGCUACUUUUCUACAUUUCUUGCCCCGUGGGAUGACUGGUGAAGGAACAACGUUCCCAUUAUGUUGUCACAGGAAACCGUGGGAUGCGGGAUCGGAACGGUCAGUUAGACAAUGACUUAUGACAUCAAUAACAACACAGCUUUAGCCAGCUCUCUUCCUGGUCGAUGGCAACUUGGGUUGCACUCGACAAUGUUUCUCUGAUGCUGGCAUUAUUUAUUUGGUUGCAAGGUGAAAUUAUUAAAGAUUCUUAUGUAUAAAAUGA